AGACAUGGGUUACAAAGAGGAUGGAAGAGUGAUAAUAUUAUUGUUUCUGACAAUUCUGUAGACACCGAUUCGCUGUCGACUAAAUAGAGUACCGGUAAACAUAAACUAAAGCAUCCACCGAAGUUCUUCAAUAAUUCUUGUUUCAGAAACUUUUCCUUGAGCAAUCGGUCGACAUGCAUUUCUCGAAUUGGCGAAUGAAAACAAUUGCAGUGCUAAUUUCAUUACUAACAGCAUUGAAUGGACUAGAAUCUGCUCUGCCGACUUGUAAAGAGAGUGAUUUCCACUAUGAGUUCACUGAGUGUGAUGCCAGUGGUGGGAGGUGGAGAGUGCAGGUUCCCAAACCUGGUGUGUGCAACAAUGGAACCCCUAAGCCACCUGUCAGAGGACGGGAUUGCAGCUUUUCGUGCGAGCCAGGGCAGUACCUGGACGUGCAAGGGGACCAGGAUUGCCACGGCUGCCCGAAGGGGACCUAUUCGCUCGGUGGCGGGGUGCGAUUCGAGAGCUGGGAUGAGCUGCCGGACGGUUUCCGCGUUGUCUCCGACUCGUUUGAGAGUGCAAUGGAUGAUGAUAGCUGGGAUGGCAUGGCUGCUGUGAUGAAAGAUGAGAACUGUACUCUAUCGUCCUGGCAACCACGAGGUGAUUUCAUCUCAUCAACGGCAGAUCUGUGUUCGCAAAGCUUGGUGUACACAGCCAGAUUAGUGAAGCCAGGCAAAGUGACCUACACAUACCAAUUCACAGACAGCGAUGUCAUCUUCAACUUUCUGGUGCAAAACGACGAAUGUCGAUCAUAUACAGAUUCUGCAAAAUGGCCAAGACACACAGGAGAAGGAGAAUGGAAUACUGCAGAGGUUUUGCUGAAGUCUGGGCAGAACAUCUUGUCCUGGAAAACGAUCGGGAUCAACUUCGAUACGAAACGGACUCCGAAGCCAGUUCUGAUCAAGCGCAUUGAGAUUAGUGGUGUGGCCUACACUUCGGAAUGCACGCCGUGCGCUAACGGCACGUUUGCCGAUGCGGAGGGAUUCACAGAGUGUAAGGCGUGCCCAGUCAACACCUUCUCACAUCAUGGGGCCGACGCCUGCACUCCAUGCUCCGACAAGGAGUACGCACCCGAGGAGGCAGCAUCGUGUGUUGCUCGGCCGUGGUGCACCAAAAGGGAUUACUUUGAGACUCACACACCAUGCGACGAGAACAAGGAGACGCAAGUGAUGUAUAAGUGGAUCGAGCCGAAUAUAUGUCUGGAUGAGGCAGAGGGUGCAGCCAAGCUGCCCACGUCAGGUUCUAAGACGGAGUGCGGACCCUGUAACCCCGGCAUGCAGUACGUCAACGGUUCCGUGUGCGAGUUCUGCCCGACCGACCAAUUCUCGGACGGCAAGCGCCCAUGUCAGCCUUGCCCGGCAUCUACAGCACCCGACUAUGGACUUAAUUACAAAUGGUGGAACUCUAUGCCGCCCUACAUGUCGGCUGACUGUUUCACACUCGAUACGACCGGGUGCGCGACGCCCGAGGGCUGGCAGCUGGCGGGCGAUCGCGUGCACAGCGGGCUGGGACAUGCCGACGAUGUCUACCUAGUGCUGUCACUGCAGCUGAACGGAUUCCGCAGCGCCCGAGCUCUCUCUAAGCUAACCGAAGUCGGUCGAGUCAGCUUCGUCUUUGAGCUGCAUUGCACGGCCGAUUGCUACCUGUACUUUAUUCAGGACAAAAGUACUGUCAUCGAGAGCUGGAGUGGAAACCAAGGGAAACAGCAAUUUAGCUAUGCCAUCUAUGACGGUGAGACCAAGUUGCUGCACUGGGCGUUCACCAAAACAAACCUAGAACAGGCGUAUGCAUCGAACGGGGACAAGAACUACCAGCACACGAACGACCGUGUCAUCAUUUACUCCAUCACUGUCACUAACACGCUGCAGGGUGGAGCUGAUGAAUGCCAGCCCUGCCCCCGUGGCAGUGCCACCGACGGUUGCAUUCCUUGCCCACCGGGGAACUACAUUGACAGCAACACGACGCGCUGUGUUGAAUGUGCACCAGGCACAGUUGUCCAAGAGGCAGAGGCGUAUGACAUAGACUCCUGCAAGCCCUGUGGUCCAGGGACGUUGACCAAGGACCAUCUGAGUUGCUACAGUGACUGUAAACUCACGUUACCAGGCGGUAAUAUGUUUGACUUCUCCCCACUUCAAGGGUAUCACACACUACAGGGAGCAACGCUGUUCACAGCAAGUGGAACCAAGUACUUCCACAUGUUUAAUCUGUCACUGUGUGGUUCGCCGGACAAGCAUGUAGUUCACUGCACAAACAACGUCACUGUCGGAACUGAGAACGUUGAGGAGGAAGAGACCGGGGAGGGAGUGGAUGCUCCCAUAUGUAGAACAACUGUCAUCCCACAAAAAUCACAUGAUGGAGACUACCUACUAUCUGCCCAGUCCGUGAGUCUUGGGGAGUACCUUGUGGCAGUUACAGACCAGCCAAAGUUCCAGAGUAUGAGUGCAGCAAAGGCACCUCUUGAUGUUAGCAAAGACUUGGGUUCGGUUCACUUCUACUUCCAUUCUGUGUCGGCAACACAGGCAUGCCCAGAUGGUCGGAGGAGCGUGAUCUCUCUUCAUUGCAACGAGAGCUAUGAGGCUAAAGGCCAGAUCAGAAUGCCAGGCAACUGCCCAGAUGGAACGUGUGAUGGAUGCACCUUCCACUUUCACUGGAUCACCAAAUAUGCGUGUCCCAUCUGUGCAGAUGAGGACUACAACAUCAUGAAGGGAGAAUGCAAGAAUGGCAAGCAAGAGAUUCAUCGCCUAAAAGCUAGUGAAUGCAUAGAGGCUGAAGCACCACAAAUUACGACACAGGAAUGCAGUGUGCUUCCGAUGCAGGUGCAAAUUGUGAUUGCAGUCGCAAUUGGUGUGGGAGUUCUUCUAGUUGGAUUGCUAGUGUACUUCUGGAAGAAGAACAGAAAGCUAGAGUACAAGUAUUCGCGGCUGAUGCAAGGUUCCUCGGGCAAGGAAGGGGAGCUACCUGCAGCUGAGACCUGUGCCAUUGAUGACGACGAAGAAGAACAGUAUGACAGCAUCGAGUUCAGUAACAGUCAAGGCAACAAACUCCUCAAUAAGCUGUCGAAGUCCUUCAAGGGAAAGGAAUCCUUUGACAACCCAUUCGAGAGCAUUAAACUUUCGGAGAAGACACCAGUUCUGUCCUAAAGGCGUAUCUGUGGCCACCGAGUGAGAGAAUGAGAGAGUGCUAGCUCUGGAUCUCUCAUUGCCUCCACACACCUCUGCAUUUGGACUGUAUGAGUAAGAAAGUGAGCAAAUGAACAAACUGAGUGGAUAGCAGAAUCGGUGCUACGUGGGAUUUCCAGCAUGUGUGAAGUUAAGUAGGUGAAAUUUUUUACCCAGUCACACUGACAUGGUGUAUUCUUCAGGGAUAAAAGCAGCUGAAUUUAUUCGAUAUUAUAUAUGUAGAUACACUACAGCAGGUAAUAUAUUCUGAAUUUCACUGUGAAAGCAUAUUGGACCAUUAACUAUUUAAGCACACAGGUAUAUUUUGGCAUUUUUUAUCUAGGUGAAUAUAAUAUUAGGUAAGUAAUGGUACUCUCUGUGGAGGAAUUGUGGCAAGCUAUUAGGUUAUAUGCUUUUUGGGCAUUUAGUGGAGUUGAAAGGAGACAUAUUGUUGAAAUAUCGCUGCAUAUUGUGCAGUAAGAGUUGGAGUCAUUAAAAUGCAAGAGAUUGUGCAGGAUUAGAAUUGAUAUACCAAAGAAUUUUCAGUGGCACGCAGAACUAUUAUAUUUAUAUAUCUGAAAUAGAUGUGACAUUAUACAACGGUUGCAAAGCUGUUUGCCCGAGAAACAGAAAAAACAUUCCAUGGUUAAGGCAGUGUAUAGUUUAUGUUUAACUUGGGAACUAAUUACAAAUCCAUGAUUAAAGCCAGGCAUUCAUAAUGCAUUGCUUACCUCUGUAUGGCACCCGUAGGGAAUUUGCACGUAGGCAGACUGCCAAAGAUAGAAAGUACAAUCAGUUGUAUAGUAGGCUCUAUAAAUGAAAUAUAAGCUGAUAUAAUAUAUAUACACAUACAUAUAUAUAUAUAUAUAUAUCAUGUAUAUACAGUGUUU